UAGGGCUGGUUACGCAUUUCUAAGCAUUGCUAUAUGUCACAUUCGCAUCGGUACGUGUGCAUUAGGUCGUUUUUUGCAAGGAGAGCCCUGGCACUUGCAGCGGCGACAGAGCCAUUUUGCCGCGACGCUGCGCGCGAGCAGGCAGUUGAACGCGCGGCGGGCUUCGUUCCGGACGCAUACGUGAGCAACAACAUCUCGCUGACAAAGAAACGCGCGCGACGCUCCUGUGAGCAGGCCAAGCAGCAAGAGUGUACUUGCAAAAAUCGCCGGCGUCACGUCAUUGCGGCGCACAACGACCUCAGGAGCAUGCACCGGUUACUGCGGCACACGACGAGACGCAUCGCACAACAGCAGCGCCGGACCAUCACCGUCCUGCGCACGUCCGACGACGUCCGAACGUGGCGCAGUAAAGCAAGCGGCACCGUGGGCCUCGUGCCGACCAUGGGCGCGCUGCACGAGGGCCACGCAGCUUUAGCGCAGCGCGCGGCGGCGGAGAACGACUGCAGCAUCGCGUCGGUCUUCGUGAACCCGACGCAGUUCGCGCCGACGGACGAUUUGGACCAGUACCCGCGCGCGCUGGAACGGGACCUCGAGACGCUGGAGGAGGCGGGCGUCGACGCGUGCUUCGCGCCGCGGACGCCGGACGAGUUGUACGCCGAGGGCGUCGACGGCGGGUUUAGGGUGAUUCCGCCGGCGGACGUCGAGACGCGCGCCGAGGCGUCGGCGCGGCCGGGGCACUUCGCCGGCGUCUGCACGGUCGUCGCGAAGCUCUGGAACCUGGCGCGGCCGGACCGCAGUUACUUCGGCCAGAAGGACGCGCUGCAGUGCGCCGUCCUGCGGCGGCUCCACGCGGAUCUGUGUUUCCCCGGCGAGAUGAUCGUGUGCGACACGCAGCGCGCCGACGACGGGCUCGCGUUAAGCUCGCGAAACGCCUACCUGAGCGAGGCGGAGCGCCGCGCGGCGCCCGUCGUCUACGCGGCGCUCGCGCGCGCCGAGGCGGCCUGGCGCGGCGGCGAGGCCGCGGCGUCGCGCAUCGCGGCGGCCGCGCGCGAGGCGCUGGCGGCGGAGCCGCUCGUGUCGUCCGUGGACUACGUGUCCGUCGCCGACUACGCGUCGAUGGAGGAGCUCGACGAGGUGCCCGCGCCCGGCCAUCGAGACGUAGCCGCCGUCAUCUCCGUCGCGGCGCGCGUCGGCGGCGUGCGCCUCAUCGACAACCUGCCCCUGCGGUAG